CGGAGUCCGCGGAAGUGGAGGCCUGUGGGCAGUCCGCUAAGACAGUAACCACUUAUGAUUGUGGAAGAUUAAGCAGAGACAAAGCCCCAUCUGAGAUUUUAGCAACACUCUUGAACAGCAAAAUACACCAUGGAUGUAAAGCUGGACCCUUCCCGAGAUGAUCUGCCUCUCAUGGCCAAUACUAGCCACAUACUUGUGAAGCACUAUGUACUGGAUUUAGAUGUGGAUUUAGAAAGUCACAUCAUUGAGGGCUCCAUAGUGCUUUUCUUUGAGGAUGGAACCAGAUUCAAGAAACAAACUAACUCUACCAAGGAAACCUGCCAGUUGGCAUCAAAUGAAGCCUGCCGAUUUGGGACACCUGAACUCCGCCAUCUUCCUAUGACAAGUGCAAGGACCACAUUUAAUGUGGGAUAUAAUGAUUUUAUAAUUUGUGAUAAAGGUGAAGAAGAUACUUCUGAUAAAGAUGGUAACCAUGACAACCAGGAACAGGCUUCUGGGAUCUCUAGCUCAAAGUACGGCUGUGACACAGAGAAUCAUGGGAGAGAGGAUUUUUUGCUAGUGUUGGACUGCUGUGAUUUAUCUGUGUUAAAGGUCGAGGAGGUGGAUGUUGCUGCUGUGCCAGGAAUUGAAAAAUUUACAAGGCCUUCCAAGCUGACAGUUGUUUCUGAAGAGCUCAGGAAUGAGAUUGUUCAUGAACUUGUGACUCUGCCUGCAGAUCAGUGGAGGGAGCAGUUAGACUAUUUUGUUCACUGCAGUAAGGCUCCUAGCUGCGGGGAACUUUUCUUUGACACUGACACUUGGAGCUUGCAGAUCAGGAAGACAGGGGCUCAGACAGCUACUGACUUUCCUCAUGCCAUCAGGAUAUGUUACAAAACCAAACCUGAGGGGCAGUCCAUUACCUGGACCUCAGACCAGAGUGGCAGGCCAUGUGUUUAUACGAUGGGAUCUCCCAUAAACAACAGGGCCCUUUUUCCAUGCCAGGAGCCACCCGUUGCCAUGUCAACAUGGCAGGCUACAGUUCGAGCAGCUGCCUCUUUUGUUGUUUUAAUGAGUGGAGAAAAUUCUGCCAAGCCGACACAGCUUCAUGAAGGGUGCUUAAGCUGGCAUUAUUAUGUGACCAUGCCAAUGCCAGCCUCCACUUUCGCCAUUGCGGUGGGAUGCUGGACAGAAGUAAAGCCUGAGACGUGCUCAUCGAAUGAUCUGGCAAUGGAGAGACCCUGCCCACUCCCUGAGACCAACUGCAGGCAUGUUGGUGUUUGCAGUCACGUGGAGUAUCCCUGCCGCUUCCAGGAUGCUGCAGCCACUAUCCAGAAGAUCAUUCCUCAUCGAGUCUUUGCUCCAGGCUGCCUCAAGGGAGUCUGCCAAGAGACCCUUAUGUGGCUACUUCCUCCUUGCCUCUCUGCUGCACAUUCUGUCUUAGGGACACACCCAUUCUCCCGGCUGGAUAUACUCAUUGUCCCUGCCAACUUUUCAAGUCUGGGAAUGGCCAGCCCACACAUCAUCUUCCUCUCCCAGAGUACCUUGACAGGCAGGAGCCAUCUCUGCGGGAGCCGGCUGUGCCAUGAAAUUGCUCAUGCCUGGUUUGGCCUGGCCAUCGGUGCCCGAGACUGGACGGAGGAGUGGCUCAGUGAAGGGUUCGCCACUCACCUGGAAGAUGUGUUUUGGGCUGAAGUGCAGCAGCUGUCACCCCAGGAGGCCCAGGAGCAGCAAGAGCUGAGGGCUUGCCUGCGCUGGCACCGCCUCCAGGACGAGCUGCGGAACUCCCCCGAGGAGAUGCAAGUGUUAAGACCCAGUAAAGAGAAAACUGGCCAUGUGAGUGACUCAGGAGCAUCUGUCAUCAAACAUGGACUCAGUAUAGAGAAGCCCUUCAUGCAGGUUCAUUAUUUAAAGGGCUACUUCCUCCUUCGGUUCCUUGCCAGAAGACUUGGGCAGGAAACUUAUUUUUCAUUUUUAAGAAAAUUUGUGCACAAGUUCCAUGGGCAGUUGAUUCUUUCCCAGGAUUUUCUUCAAAUGCUGUUGGAGAAUAUCCCAGAAGAAAAAAGGCUUGAAUUGUCUGUUGAAAACAUCUUGCAAGACUGGCUUGAGAGCUCUGGAAUACCAAAGCAGCUGCAGGGGGCGCGCCCGGCUGGGGCGGAUUGCGGACUGGUGCGGCGGGUGGACGCGGAGGUCACGAAAUGGAUGCGACUGAAUGGGAGACCCCGCAAACGGAGGCGCAGGGAGGAGGAAGAGGUGUUUGAAAAGCUUCUUCCAGACCAGCUGGUCUUGCUUCUGGAGCGUCUGUUGCAGGAGAAGACCCUGACCCGCCCAACGCUGCAGUCCCUCCAGAGAACAUACCAUCUCCAGGAACAGGACGCGGAGGUCCGCCAUCGGUGGUGCGAGCUCAUCAUUAAGCACAAGCACACGAGCGCGUAUGGACAUGUGGAGCGCUUCCUGCAGGAGGACCAGGCAAUGGGUGUGUACCUCUACGGGGAGCUGAUGGUGGGCGAAGAUGCCAGGCAGCAGCAGCUUGCCCGCAGGUGCUUCGAGCUGGUCAGGGGCCAGAUGGACAGGUCCUCGGCGGAGGUGGUGGCUGAGAUGCUGUUUUAAAGAGGAAAGAUCACAGUGAGAUUCUCUUUCAUACGUCUCCUCCUAGCCCUGGUGGGCCAGGAUCACAUUGACCCUGGACAUCAAAGGAAGGAUUAUGUGGCUGCUAAAGCCAUCAGCAACAGCAGUGUUCACUUGUUGGGGGUCCUCUUCCCAGAGGCUGGGCUCAGCCAGGCUUGUAUAAAAGACCAAGCUUCAUAAACUGUCUCCCACACAGCCACUGCCGGCUGCCUCUGACUCCCACCCGCAGGAUACAGUCUGCAUUGGAGGUGAUGGUGUAUUAGGCCUCCUGCAGGCAGAGAGUGUGGAUGCCACCUGAGGGGCCAGAAGCGCACCACACGCUCGCCCCGGUCCCUGUGAUCCUAGAGAACCGUGCAGCUUCUAGGGCUGGCUGCGAACACUGUCCGAUGCGUGCCUCUGGAUGAAUCCCAACUGUUUCUACAGCAUUCUUUUAAUUCAUAUGUCUAAUACAUGUAUUUUUCCAAAAUAUUUGUGCCUUUUUAUAAAAGUGCAGGAUAAGAAUCUGAAAUGUAUUCAUAAAAGUGUAAUGGAUUUUGUUUUUUAUGUCCCUGUUCGUUUCUGAAUUUGAUUUAAAUUUCUAUAAUUUCUAUUUAAAAAUAAAGACUAUGAGUAAGA